AUGGCCCAAUCCGCUAUCCCAGCUACUCUGUACCACCCGCUUCAGCUUAUCGUUGGCUUCCCGGGCCCCGCCGAUACCGCUGCUUUCUUCGAAUCUCCAAGUCCGUACAUGGAGUGCGUUCCCCAGACGCCAACCCCGGAUGAUGCAAUGUUAGCAGCCGAGUUUCGCUCGAUCACCACCCUGUUUCCCUACACGACACCUACAGCACAUAGUGCCAUGCCGUCUCAGUUUCCACCUCGGACAUUGGCUCAUAAUCCUUCGGUCUGCAGCUCGGCAGCAUAG